AUGGAGCCGGAUACGCACCUCGGCACUCCACGGCGUUCUUUCAGCCCGGCCAGUGACGAAGACGGCAGCGAGGCCCAUGCCACCGUACGUUCCGACUGCCUCAACGUUGCCCGCAUUUGCCAUGUCCAGACCGCAGAAAACCGGUUCGGCGCAGACAUCGGCCCAGAGAUCAGAAGUUUUAUCCACGAGUCGUGGAACAGUGGUGUCGGUAUGGAUGACGGCCCCCCCGAAGGAGACGUGGCUGAACAGGUACCGGUAGUUGAUGAGGUUGAUACUGUCCAACUCAUGCAAGAAGGCUUGGACUUGCCCAAUGGGGGGAUGACUCCUCUCCCCCCUGCUUUGCCCGAUGCCGGGCCGCUAUUCCCUAUCAUGCCUCCCCCUGGGUUGGCACCACCAGUAUAUCUACCGAUAGGGUUGCAAGCACCAGCGGUACCUGCUGAUGAUAUGGUUAUGCAGCUACAAUUGAUGGAACAGCAGAACCAGCAACAGCAGAACCAGCAGCCCCAACAGGAUGUGCAACUAGUCCAGCAACAGAUCCAAAUGAUCCAGCAAGAGGAACAAAUGCAAGAGGACGAACGGGGGCGAGAGAAUGGGCAACAGAGGUUUCCACGAGCUCAGAGGUUGCGGUUGAAUCUGACUGCUCUGUCACAGAAAUACAACGUGCGUAUAUCGGCCGGUUGGUGA